GUCCGUGAUGAUUCCGCUGAUCACCAGGUCCGUACACACACACACACACACACAAAGGCAUGAAACUGAUAUGAAAAUGGUAAGCUUAAAACCCGUUUCGCUACUUCUAAAUGGGUACAUAGCCGUAAUUCUAAAUUUUAGAAUGCGGGUAAUACCCAUGCUAGGUAUAUACCUCAGCUACCUGAACUGAAGACAAAACCACAAGCAUUGGGCAAAAGUUUUACUUAUAAAUAAAACCGACCAUAACUGGCGAUUGGCGGGGUGGGGCAUGGCAAAACCGUUUUAGUUUUAGGUUUUAGGAGUAGUAGAUAUAGGCCGUUUCAUGGACAUCACUACAUUUUUUAUCACAUAAAAUCAUCACUACAUUUUUAUCACACAAAAUGUCAAUACUUCAUGUAAGACAAAUUAUAAUGUACCCGGGCAAGUUUUGGGCAUGCCCAGAAUGGGAAAUCCCCAGUCCGCUUCCUUGAAAACGGAAUUCCCGGAAUAAAAACCAUGACGCAUGACGCCACUUCCGGUCCCCCAAUUCCUUGCGCCCCACUGGGAACACACUAUCCUCGAAAGUCUCUUCCCCCACUCGCGCACAGCUCCGCACAACCACCGCAAACCCCCCACCCCACGCGCUUGCUGGAGUCUUCCUGAAGUUUUUGCGGAGUCUUCCCAAAGAUAUUAGUGACUUUUGCCAUUAUCUGUAUAUAACGGCGGCAGCGUCGUACUCUGUUGUUGUUGAGUCCGUACGAGAGCAGAUUGAAAAAAGCCAGGGGAAAGGUAAACGGUUUAAAGAAAAAGUUUUUGUAUAAUAAAAGGAACCAUGUCCAUUACCAGAGUAUCAGACUUUUCCGAAGACUUAUUUAAAUUUGAGGAUCCCGUCAAGAACAGGUUUGGAUCUGAGAGGAUCGGACUUGUUGCGGAGGGUGGUGGACCUCUAUUGCUUAGGCUGGAGAUUUGCCUAGCCUAUGGAAUCAACAAGAACAAUAAGUUCGGAAAGGAUAACUAUACUAUUCCGUUGGCGGUUGGACCGCACACGGAAUUCAUAUCAGCUCUGGAAACAUUGGAGAAGAAGUGCGCUGCGGUUAUCGGGAAACCUGAUACCAAUGUAAUAAGGUGCUUCUAUCGGUGUGGCAACCUGUUCUGUAUGCAAAGAUUGAUAAGAGUACGGUGAUGUAUGGGGAGGACGGAGACAUGAAUCCGAUGGAGGAGCGUAAUGAAUAUUUUUACUUGAAUGCUUUGAUUAGGGUUUCAAGUAUAUACCUAUCCGGAAACAUGGUUUCUGUUCAGGUUAAGCUCCAGGAGGCAAAGUAUUUGAGGGUAAAGGUUGCUGAACCGUGGAAGAGGCUUCUAUAAGCUUGUCAUAAUUUUAACACCGCUUCGAGGGUAUUAAAAUUGAUCCGAUUGGUCCCUAUUACCUUAGGUCCUUGUGUCCUAUUGCCGUUGUGUUGAUUCCGUCCUCAUUAACUAUCCUCUUGUCGUCGUUUGCCGAUAGGGCCACCUUAACAACCCUUUCCGUAUAGAUUUCAUGCAGUCUGCUUCUGAAGACAUUCAUUCCUCUCUAUUGUUUCUUACCGCUGAAGUCUGAAGAGGCAUUCUUUGUAGUUGUUGAAUGUUAUUUCUUUCUUGAUGACUACCUUCUUAACACCCUUACACUUUUUUUCUUCGUCCCCAUCUUCAGCCAUUUUGUAGGCGUAUAUAUAUAGUUUUGAUCUUAAUCCUACAAACUCUUCGAUCUGCUUUGUGCCUGUUUCCAACUUCAUCAUCCCGAUAACUUUCUUGUUAGCACCUGUUAGGAUUCCGGAUGGAUGACUUUUGCCGAGGUUGCUGGUGUCGAAUCUUUUGUGGACGUCGCCGGAUAUGUCCUUGAAGAAAUCCUCGGUAUUUAUUUCAUAACACAGGGAGUCUGUGUCUGUGAAUAGGAGCUUGGCAUCAUCCCCAUACUUUGGUUUGAUGUAGUUAUAGUGAAAGUCGUACAUGAGGGUCUUGCUGAUGUCCAGGAUACUCAUCCCUAAGUAGAUGGGUUUUAUAAGUUUAACGGAAGUCCUCCUCAUGUGAACUGCUACGAGGUGUUCGGAGAAGAUGGUUGCAGAUUCGAAGUUGUGUUUUUUGGCAAACUUGUUCCAUUUCUUUACAUUGUUGACAAGCCUGAUGUCAACCCUAUUUCUGACAUUUUCCAUCGUCUUUCCGAAAACGGAGUUGUUCAUGAGUUUGAAGAAGUCCUUCUCGAAGUCUGUGGUCCCUUUGGUACGGAGGUCUGUGUUAAGCUUGAUAUAUUUUUCCAUCCAGGGCUUCUCGUUGAAUUUUACUCCUCGGUGUAUCCUGGUUAGUUUCAGUCCCAGGCUCAGGUAUUGCUUUAGGUUCCUGUGGUGAAGGACAUACUUUUUCUUGUUGUUAAGGUUAGGAAUGAGUUUUUCUACCUUGUUGACUAUUAUCCUUUCGGGUGCGAGUGGAUAUUCGUUGUGUUUGUCAUGUAGGUCGUCGGGGUAUUCGAGAUCCACUUCAAGGAUACAGCUAAGGUUUGUCCACUUUUCUAGCUCCUCACUGUCCAUCCAUUUGAAUCCUCCGAUGGGUAGGGGUUGGCUCAUUGCACAUGUUAAUAGGAACCGGUGUUUUGAAUUGGUUGUAGAUAUCCUUGUUUUCUUCUUCGAGCAUGUCCUCGAAUUUUUUGGUGAUGUCUUCCCCCUCGUAUUGCUGGGUAUAGUGUAUUAGCUUUGGUUUGUAUAUGGUAUUAUCAAAGCACUUGACGUAAUAGCAGAAUCCGCUGGGGUUGUGUUUUUGGUAUUGGGCGGUACUUGACUCGUCGUGGUUCUGUUCCUUUGCAUCCAAUUCCUUGAUAUAACACUCGAAGUCUGCGUAGAUGGCAAAUGGGACGGUUUGUGUUUUGCAUAGUUUUCGAAUUUUGUAGUGCUACCGGGUUUUGGGUAUUCGUGUCUUUGGUAAUCGUUGUUCGAACAUAAUUCUAAGUGUUUUUCUAGGAGUUCGUUUGAUCCAAAUGCGUUAAGGCAUCGGUCGCAUAUGUAUUUUUUGUGUUCGUUUUUGCUGAUUUGUGAACCUGCAAGCCUUGACAUGUCUUUGACGACUCUGUAGUGAUUCUUCCAUAGGAAGAGCCUUAUAGGGUCGGUUUUUCCUGAUAUCCGUAAGGGGUAUACCUUAAGGCUUUCGUCGGCACUGAACACGUUGACACCGAUAUUGUUAUUGUCUUCAAAUUUCUUGAUGUUAUUUAGGGGUGUUGGGAAUUCGGUCCCUUCCCAGUUUAACUCUUCGGAUUGUUCUUUGAGUUCCUUUGAGAUUCUUUCCGGAUGGGUGUCGGUGGGGUUUAGGGCAAGUGUGACGGCCCAUUUAAAACAUUCGUCGUCGUCGUUCUUCAUAUUAAUAAUUGCUUUUUUGCUGGCUAUGGAUUUGGGUAGGGGUUCAUGCUUUUUGCCCCUAAGUGGUCGGAACUCUCCGAUGUGGAUCUCCAACUGGGUAACUCUGCGUAGUCUCCAUCCACUACCCCUCCUCUGGUAUUCCGAGAAGGACUUUAACAUUUUUUCCCUCAUGAUGCUUUGGGUUUCUUCCGUAUCAUCCGUGCCGAUAAGUUUAUGGUUCUUUGAUCCGAAGUGAGCGAUGGUUGACACUUCUUCCCCGGUUUUUGGGUCGCUUCUUACCAUUUCGCAAGCUAGGGACAUUCUUACGUUUCUGGGUUCCAUUUCCAAGUUUAUGAGUGUUUUAACCUCAUCUUCCGUGAUGGUUAGGAAGUAGGAUGGAUCGUAGGCGCCGUUUGGGGUGAUGACGUACUUUUUUACCUUUUUGUUGAUGGCAUGUUUGGCUAGGAUGGGUUUCAGGAUUUCCCUCGGUUUUUCCCAGAUUUUGCUAAGCUUGUCAUCCACCUUUAGCUGAAGCCUACCGAAUUUUCUCUUGCCUCUCCACUUACCCUCUGUGAUCCUACGGUUUUCUUCAGCUCGCCUUUCCCGAGCCUUUGCGUUUCGCCGUAGUCUUUGGGAUUCUUUUUUCCACUUUUGUGCCUCAGCUUUCCAGUCCGUGACCUCCUUCCGCCGUCUUUUCUCUUCCUUGGUGAUAUCGCUUUUCCAUUUCUUUGUAUCCCAUAUUGCCUUUCGUACGUCGGCCUCAGUUUGCUUCCUUCGUCUUUGGAACUGCCUUGCUGCUGAUUUAACUUCCUUCCCGAUUAUUUUUCUUUUCUCCUUUCUGAGUAGUUCGUCGAAGUGGUUGUUAAUUUUCCCCUCUAUUUUUAAGCCCCUUUCUCGGGCCUUUUCCAGAACGUCAGUUCUCAUGCGUUCGAUAGAUGCGAAUUUUUUGUCCGAAAUUGGAAUACUCUGGCUUUUGGUUGCCAUUACUUUAUUAUAUAGAUAAACUUUUUUUAAUCUGUGAUAUGGUCUGAAUGUUGAUUUUGUUUUUUCUCAAACCCAUAAGGUUUGGAAAUAGUAAUGGCAACUCCAGGUAGUCCAAUUCUGGACGUAUGAGAAAUGUCAUUUUAUUAUAUAGGAUUUUUAAAAGUUGAUUCUGUUUGUAGGGCAGAGGAUCCGCAAUUGCGUCUUUUGGAUUCGACAACCUCGCCAGGUCACUACCUGGCAGCCUUAAUCGAUCUGACCCUGUAAGGCUUCUUCCAUUUCAGCCUCUAUUUGCAUGUCAUCCAGCGUUUCCUCCUCCCAGUUCAAUAUCUCGUCCGAUAUUUCCCCCACCUCCCUCUGUAUUUCAUCAAUUUCUUCUGCUUCCUCUUGUCGUUCUGCUAUGUGCCGGAGGUUAUAGUAGGAUGAGAGGUAGGUAACACCUGUAGGCAUACUUAAGCAGAUUCCAUCUUUCUUGUCCUUUUGGUUUUCGAUACAACAGUCGUACGGAUAGGUGGAUCUGGUUUUUAAGUCGUGGAAAUAGGUGAUGAGACUGUGAUACCCUUCGGUUCUCCCUUAAGGUUGUUUACCCUGUGGAUUUCGGCACCUUUUCCCAUCCAUCCCUUUCCGAACUUAACCUUAAGCUUCACCGGACCGUUUUCACCACGACUUCUAUGGUUAGCAUUAUGUCUUUGUAGCUAACCUGCUUACACAUCCUUUCAAUGUAGUCCAUUUUUUCCGGGCAGCGGAAGUAGAGUUGGAGCCCUUUUUAUUUCCUCCUUUUUAAAGCAUCUCCUGGUGAAUUGUUCCAUGGUUGCUUUGUUUAUAUGUAGGAAAGUCUUGUCUAUGAUUGUUGAUUCUGAAUUUGAGAUACUCUUGAAGCAGAAUUAAGGACCGAUAGGAGCAUUCCUGAGAUACUUUCAAGCAGAAGGUUACUUAAUUUUUACUUAGAACUUACUCAAAAAUAUUUUGAGAUACUCCCGAGUAGAAUUAAGGUUACUUGAACUUUUUCCUCUAUAAAUAAAAAGGACCAUGUCUCAAGAGAACCCAGAUACGACAGCAGUGCCUGUCACGAAUCCGGUAAAGACCUACGUCACGGACCCCAGGAGAGUGGAGUCGGGGCGUAGGCUUGCUAAGAUCAGUAAGGAAGCAAAAGCAAGAAAGAAGGCACAACUUGAGGCUAUCAAAGAAGAGGAGCAGAGCAUUCCGGACAUAGAGGGAAAAGAUGAUGGGUCAAUAGUCGCCCUAGAGAGAGUCGACUUGCUGGUAGGUAUUGCCGUAGGGCUCGGAUCCCUUUAUGUUAUGUGGUGUAGUCGUUAGGAAAAGGACAAGAAGCCUGAGGGAAAUAAGAUUGUAGAGGAGCCGAAACCUGUUGUUAUUACACCAAAGGGUCCUGAUUUGUUUGACUGAGUAUAAUAAAACAAUGUCACAGUUAUUUCUGGAUAUGUUGACCUUCGCUGUAACAGCCGGAACUUAUCUUAUUUACAUCCACACGGUUAAGGCGAAAGAAGCCAAACGCAAGACGAUAGAAACCGAACGCAAGGCGAGUGAGGACAGGAUGCUUGACAUCUUGGAAGAAAGAUUCUCUCUAAUUCUGGAAAAGAAGCUAAAGGAGAAAUAGUUCUACUAUAAUAAAAACAUAAUGACCGACACGAAGAAGGAAGUGAUCAACGAACUGUACGAUGCUGCGCUAUUAACAACCGGAGUUGUUGGGGUAUCCUACCUUGCCAAAACGGUUGCUGGAAAAAGCCUCGGUGCACCGAUGACUAUGGAAGGAGCAGCAAAGCUUGCUGUUGCUGUGGCAGGAAGUGCAUUUGCCAUAGGAUACCUGAAGGAUAAAGGGUAUAUCCCAAUAGUAAUUGAUAAAUAUAAAGAAUGACAUUUGUUGUGGUUGAAGGACUCUUUAAUGCUGUGGCUUUUGCUGGGGAAGGUUUUCUAUUUUCCAAGUUGAAUGGACAAGGAUACAAAGAAGAGGUGAAAAGACAUAACCAAGCCUUGGAGAAGCUUGCGAAAGCUAAGGAGAAAUUUUAUGAAUCCGAGGUGAAGCGGAGAAACGACGAGGCAAGACGUCGGGCUGAAAUCCUGGAUGCUAACAAGGAUAUCGAGGAAACAAACAGAGCACUGGAGGAUCUAAGGUAUUAUACGAGGCUCAUGGAUAGUACAGCACCUCAGCGCAGACCAAAAUUGGAGGAUUACUAUCAACCGUCAGACGAAAUAAAAAAAUAUGCAGUGUUGACAAUGGGUAUCCUGGGUGUUGGUGGUGCUUACGGACUGACACGAAUAUUUUAAAUCUUACAAAAGGAUUUAAAACCCUAUGUUGUCAGAAGGAAGCAAUUUAUGUUUGUAGUUCCUGUUCUGUUGGUUACAUUUCCAGCAGAGUCUACGUCCUUGGAUUCCAAGCCAAAAAUUUGUACCUUCAUAUUUCCGAAAUUCAGGACGACAAAAAACGUAAACGAAACCUGAAUGAUUCUACUGCUUUGAUCGCGUGUAAAUAUAACAACUGUUCCCACAGCAUCAUCGCGAAAUCCAUACAGGGUGGAGGAUGUUGCCGUAUUUUUUCCAUCACUGACACUAAACCCGAUGAACCUUGCGUUCUUCCUGUCCGCAUCGGAAAUGAUUGGAGUUUGCAGGAGUCCGGGUGGAUACCCAGGUAUCUGGGUAAAGUCGUACUGUACUGAAUUUUCUCCAAGGCUAUUCAACCUUACGAUGUCGUUUGCAUGUUUGACGACCUCUGCCGUGUUCCCCUGCUGUGCCUUUUCGACUGUUGUCAACUUCCGUUUCAGGGUGUUCAGGUCUUCCGUUAUUGUGUCAAAGUAAUCGUACCCGAGUAAGAUGCUCAUUUUAUUUAACGUCGAAAUACUAGGUAUGCAAGUCCGAAGGACGCUACUGCCGCUGUACCAAGAGCAAUAUUUUGAGUAUCAGACUUCUGCCUCAGUUCUGGAGGUUUAAAGUCCUCCACGGUUGGGGUUGGUGUAAUGUCAUGACUUUCGUCUAUAUUAUUCGUGGGGGUAGGAACGGGAUUACUAGUAUAAUUUACCUCCUCAUUUUUCCGAAACGUCAUCCCGUUUUUAGCUACCGUUAGAACAUUGCUGAAUCCUGGAAUAGGUUUCAUUAAAAUCUUCAGAUCUGAAGGGAUUAGGAUUAGACCUGGCAUGAUAGCAAAAUUUAAGAUGACAUGCGUGUUUGUAAUAGCUGUCCUCAUGUUGGAGAUGGUAACUGUCACAUCAUCCUGAACGACUGUAUCCCUGACAACUUUCCGGAAGACUUCCUGUGUCUGCAGGCUUUUGGCACCCUGACCUAUGAUACUCCAUCGGGUUUUAGCCUGUGCCCCCAAAACAGAGUAUACAAAUGCCUCGAUAGAUUGCUGAAAUAAUUUCUGUCCAACUUUGGUAAGUCCUCGGGAUGUUUUGGGAAUAAGGGUUUUAUAGUCAUUUUCAACAUCGAAGGGUGAUCUACCGGUCAGGUAUUCAUAUUCAAUAAAUGUACCUCCAUAUCUGGUCUGAUGAUAUUUCUGACGUUGUAUUCUCCUCUGUUCACUCGCAGGUAGACCGUAGUACCAUGUUCCAAGAUUUGCAUGGGAAGAGACGGUUCUCCUGACCCAUGUUUCACGUACGGGUGUGUACUUCCUAAUGGUUUGUUUAUCAUCCCUUGUAAGGUAUUGGUCCAAGAGUUUGGGGUUACGCAUGAACCUUGAUAGGUGAAAAUGAAGGUGGAAGCGAACAAUGGAGGUUACUAUAUUGGAGUGUGAGCUGGAAAAAUUGUUUGUAAGAUGAUCCUCGGAAAUUCCGGAAUUAAACAUAGCAACAUAGCAUGCCGCUAGGGAGCAAAAGUAGGAAUUUGAAUGGUAAUCAAAGGGUAUAGUAUUGAUAAAGGUUUCGGGGGGGUUGUCGUAUACCGGUUUAAUAGGCUCCAAUUUCGUCAGGAAACUCUCGUCCUCCGUAGCGUAGACCCUAAAACUAUGCACAUCCAUUUUAAAAUCCUUAUUUGGGCGGAAGAUUGCAUCCGAAAGAACAUUUUGCCACCCCUUUACCCAGUGCAGGUACUUGGUCCACUCCGGAUUUGUACGAAAUGUGUCGGAUGUGAUAUCAUAGCUUGUGAGGUCAUCCACCUUAUAGAAAAUGUCUCUGGACUCUACGGUCCCAUCCUUGGCAAAGGUGACCUCAAAGUCAAACUUAGAUAGGGUUGCAUUAGGAUAUUUCCUCCUAAAAUUCUCUUUUAUUUUCCGGAUUUCGAUGGGUGCUGCCGCCUUGACCUUCUCAUUAUUCUUUCCGUAGUAGUUCCGGAAGAUAUCCUCGCUCAUUCUUUUAUUUGAUGUAAAGUUCUAGCAAGACAUCUCCGGGAACAGCUCCAGUAUUGGACCCAAUUUCAAACCGAAUUUUACUGUAUUUACCAGCAUCCACCUUUACUUGGCUUUCAAUGUCGUUGUAUUUGGUUGUGGUCCAAAAGAGGGGUCUUGUUCCAUCAAUCGGAAGGGAUGUGAUGACAGUACUCCGAUUUCCGUACGGUCCAAUGUUAUGCUCACGGUUCACAAGGUUACAGCUGACUGUGAGGUAUCGCAAGCCUUCAUGGAUGUCUACGGGACGAUCGCUGAUGUGUGAGGUGUAUGUAGGACCAUUGGAGGAUCGAUAUCCUAAAAUACCCGUUAGAUUUUGGAGUCCUGCGGAAUUUGUUCCCUUGGCAUAGUCAAUCCUUAUCCUCCCAUCUGGAUAAUCCUUAAGUGUCAAUCCGUUUUCCUCCAACUCUUUUCUAAGCUGUUUAAAGGUCCAGUACCCUUCAUCUAUCAUAAUCUUCUUCCCAUCUACGGAGAUGUAGUCAUUAUAUCCCUUGCGAAUGUUCUUAUAAUUCCAAAACACAGCAGCAGUCUUCACGUAAAGUUCAGAUCCAUGGGUAAGGAUCAGUGGAUCCUGAAGAUCCAGGGUAGCCCCUCCGCCUUCAAUAUAGACUGUUAUCUUCUUCAUGUUUUAUUUACAGGUAAUAAAAUGAAUCUGGCACUGGAUGUAGCUCUUCGAGAAAUAUAUUUUAACGUUAAUGGUGGGUACAUGUCGAUGGAAAAAUUAUACCAAAGUGCAAAGGAGGAGAGUAUAAAGGGAGUUAGUCGAGAAAAUGUUAAGGAAUGGUUACAAACAAAACACCUACAUUAUUCACAAACCGUCCAGAAAACAUUAUAAAACCCAAAGAACCUAUGUGGACGGACUUGCACAACAAAUCCAAAUGGACCUUGUGGAUAUGAGCAAGUUCAGCCACAAAAAUAAGGGAAACCGUUGGGUUCUAACUGUCAUAGAGGUUCUAAGUCGGUAUGCCUUUGCAAUUCCCGUAUGGAGGAAAAAUACUGAAAGCAUGACGAAGGCUGUCGAAAAUGUGCUCACACAAUUUAAGGAGAGGUUUGGCAGAUGCCCAAAACGGGUCAAUUCGACGAUGGAAAGGAAUUUUACAAUGUAGGAGUAAAAACAUUGCUAAAGGAUCAUGAUUCAUGAUGUCCACUACUUUUCCACAAGAACCUUCCGGAAAGCCGCACUUGUCGAGAGAUUCAAUAGAACCCUAAAAAUAAGGAUGUGGAAAUACUUUACGGAAAACAGGACGAAAGUUUGGGUGGACAUCUUACCUGCUCUCGUUAGAUCCUAUAAUAAUUCCACACACAGAACAAUAGGAAUGAGACCAGCGGAUGUGAAUGAGGAAAAUAAGGAUGAAGUUUGGACAAGGAUUUAUGGAUAUCCACUAAGCAGUUUUCCAGAUCCUAAAUUCAAGGUUGGGGAUCACGUUAGGGUGGAAAUUAAACAUAAAACCUUUGAAAAGGGAUACGAACCCAAUUUCGACAAUGAACUAUACGUCAUCACAGCAGUAUUUCGUGGAGAUCUCAACAUGUAUAGUCUUAAGGAUCCGGAGGAUGGGGAGGACAUUCUGGAAAGGUAUUAUGAACAAGAAUUAUCUUUAGACUUAAAUAAAAAUGGAUACCAUAAAGCUGGACAACCUUAACCAACCGGAAGGUGGCGAAGGGGCUGAAGGAGGUGAGAACGAAGCAGUCAUCGACGAUACACCUGUUGACGAGGAUGACUUUCUUUCCGGACUAGAUAGACUAGACGAUGCAAAAACCUCCAGUUUCCGUGAGGAAAAUAGAGACGAUAAGUAUACAAAGAGGAAAAGGCAGUUAAAUGAACUGAGCACAUAUGGAAAAUUUGAUGACAUAAAGAUAGAAUACGUCCGGAGGCUUUUCCAAACUGAGUACCGAAUAGAUCCGACAGACGGACAAAACUCUAAGGAAUUUAUCUCCAGUUUAGACAUCACUAAAAACAAGUUGACAUUUAACGGGGCUGAUGUCGCAUACAUUGAUACGGGUGGUACCUACAAAAUGUCUGAAAAUAAGAAAACUACCACAUCAUCAAGAAAAUUCCUUAAUCUAUACGAAAAAGCACUCGCCGAACACAGGGGAAGAGCUAAAAGUGUAGUCGAAGAGGAAACCGGAGGAGAGGCAUCAAAAGUAAACGCGGAAGAGAUUUUCGAAGACGCUGAGGAGGAAUUCCGUCAGGAAGUCAUCAACGCAGGUGACGACCUUGUGGAACACGCAAGGGAGCUAGGGGAAAGGGGGAAAAUAACCACACAGGAGAGGAGGGAAUUUGCGGGAGUAACCGCUCCCAAAGGACCCCCCGAAGUCAGGAUUAAAGCCCUAAGAGAACAGAAGAAAGUAUUUGAAACCAAUAUAGAACUCGAAACAGAUCCCGAAAGACAACAGAUCAUGCAAGAGGGUAGGGAUGUUGCCGAACAGGGUAUAGAUAACGCCAACCUAGAGAUGGGUCAGCAACCCGAAACGGAGGAGGGAAAACACAGGUAUAGGGAAAUAGUAAGAGAAAAUAUCAGGACAAAAUUCGAAAGAUUCCGCAAAUGGGCAAAGGAAAACCUGGGUGUAUUAACAGCUAUCGCUAUUUCCGUCGCUGGAAUCAUCACCACAGUCGUAGUGGCAGGAAAAAAGACCAUUGUGGGAGCCUCCAAAGGACUAGGAGCUGUAGGAAAAGCACUAGCCGGACUUUCAAAAUCCGCACUACUAAUCCUAUUACCUAUCCUAAAUUUAUUGAGUACUAUCCUAAGCUGGGAAGCUAAGGGUCUCGCCUUCCUUGCCAAAAACCUAUGGAUUGUGGCAAUCCUAAUUGCCGGAGCUAUAUUCAAGUACCUACAAAACAGACGAAAGAAAUAAAUCAUACUAUAAUAAAACAUAAUGGACCGAACAACUGAACUUAUGCCCAACUUCCGAGUUCCGACGCAUCAAUAGGACGGAAAUCACUGGGGAUAGGACCAGACACGUUUUAACCUUCAAUCCCAAUUCUGCCAAACCCAGAGAAGAAAUUUACGUUAAUAUCCCAAAGCUAAAAGCUGACUCCGUUCUUGUACCGGACAGUAUGGCUUUGGUCUUCGACUUUAAGAACAGUAAUACAAAAUCCUGGUUUAGGAACAACCUAGGGAAACUGCUCCAGAAAAGGCUGGAAAUCCGACUAUCAGGAGAAAAGGUCUACGACAACAGUGGAGAAAGCUUGCUGGAAGUCUACAAAGACCUAUGGCUACACAACAAACAGCGUGACGAUAUGGUAGAGGACGGUAUCGCUAGCGAAGCCACCAGGAAGAAAAUAUCCAAAGACGACGCCGCAAACGAUGAUGCAGAGGCUACCGCAUUGUUCGAAGUGUUUGGGACAAAACAAAAAAUACGGAUCAACAAAAUCCUCAAAGAUCAUGGGCUCUAUGCCCCACACAACAUGGCAAACGACCUACAAUAUGUGAUCACCCUACCCACAGCAGAUGAAAUCAUGAAUGCACAAAGUGGGGAAACUGUGGAAGGAUACACCCUAGAGAACAUCGAACUGGAAUACGAGUCCAUCGAUAACAUUGAUCUCGCAAGAAAGGCCGAAAACCUAUACGGAUCCGAACGCGAGUUAUCCUUCGAACACGUUACCCUAAUGAAGAAAACAGAAUGGAGCAAAGAUUCCACCAUUAUCAACGAAACGAUCAACGUACCACGCAGGUGUAUGAAAGCCAUCGUCAUGCUAUUCACAAACAAGACGAAAACCGAUAGUGAGGAAUAUGUAUACCCUAAUAUCGAAAAGGUUAAGGUAACCGUGGAAGGUGUUCCCAAUGCAGUCUAUAGCCAAGGUAUCCCGAAAACAAGGCUAUACGAGGAAGCAAGGCGACUGUUCGGUACUGGUGACAUCAGCCACCAGACACUAACCGGCUUCUUCAAAGACAAUAAAUUCGUACUGGUCAUCGAUCUCAGAACCGCAAACGACGCCAACACAUAUGGAAACGGUGCUAAAAUUCAAAACACCCAAUCCGGAAUACUGGUGGAAAUCACAAAGAAAGCAACAACUGCAAACGUUGUAUGUUACUUGUUCGUCCUUUCCGAUGGUGUUAUUAAAAUCACAAACGGACAACUAGCUGGAGUAAAGUACUAAAUUAUUCAAGAACUAUAGUUUUUCCAUACUCAACAGAGUUUGGAAAAUUUUUAUGCUUGAUCAUCAGUCUUCGGUCCUUCCUCCUCAGAAGGUGGUUGUUCGGGCGCUUUCCGAUAAACGUGUUUAAUUAACCGUUGUUACCCCACCGCUAACAAUACCCAGGUAGGGUACGUAUGGGGACAACUUUGCCACUACGCUUUUAACAUCACUCCUAAACAAUUUAUCCUGAUUCAACUCCGUCCUAAGCUCCUCCCCACUAUCCACCAUGUUGGAAAAUUUUUCAAUCAGAGCUUCCACCAACACGGCGUUUGCCUUUUCCCUCUGUGCAACAAUAUAGUCCUUCCGAACUUUCAUGAUGACUUUCUAGGACGCUUUCCUGAGGUAUUUUUCGGACUGAGUAAUUUCCUCUGCAUUGGACAGGCGGAUAAGCUCUUCCCUAUAGUCCUCGAUCCCCAUAUUUUCUACGGUUGGUGGCUCCUGUUCCAUCCUUUUUAUUAUAACACCGGAAUUUUUACCUCGUGAUUAAACGGAUGUACCAGGUCCACUUCAAGAUGAGCAUAUUUAUUCUCCUUCAGCUUCUCCUUAAUAGAUCUCAUUUCCGCAUUGUUAACAAGAAGGUAUUCAUCCAGGAUAAUCUUCAUGUCCUGCCUAUUCGGAUUAUAGAACGUCACCAGUUUCGAAAUAUUCUGCCUGUACGGUUUAGCAAUGGAGGUUAGCUGUUGAGUAAUAACAAUAGUGGAAAUACUCAUGUGGCGUGCGCUAAACCCAAGAUCAACCAACUCCCCCGCACGGUCCUUCACAGAUUUAGUGCUAGCACAAUCAUCCAGAAUGAUGAGAGAUUACCUUCCCUUAGUAAAGUCCACUACAAAUUUAAGGUAAUCCUCCACGUCAUCCUGCAGGCAGGGAAUAACAAAGAAAUUGUCGUCCUCAUUAAUGAAAUCCUGAUCAUAGGUCCUAUUCCAGUGAUAGGUAGGACAAAUCAGGAAUAUAUUUUCAAACUGAUGAAAGAACGUCGUCUUUAGCUCCCGAAUGAGGUAAUGCGUCUUCCCACAGGCCGUCAUACCUACAAUAAUCAUGUUGAAUGGCAUUUUAUUUUCCGGUUAAAUAAAAAUGGGAUGCUUGUCCACAAAACAUGAAACCGCAAACAGGGUGAAGCACAACAAAAAUCAUAAAAGAAGAAAAAUGUUUAAUAACCUGGGUAUCGAUAUCGAACGAGGAGACGAUGAGCGCACAUACCCAUAUCGGAUAUGCCAGCGCAACGGUAAAAAAAUAUGAUAAACAAAACGAUGAAGAUACCGCGGAAACUGAUGUGGCUGUGCCUGAUCAGCUGCCUAUUGAUCCCGAUCACGGUUGAGGUCCUCCUAAUUAUCAUUACCCUAAGGCUACUACUCCAAUUUUAAUGGUUGGUAAAACAUUAAAAUUAUUCAAUAUAAUCCCAACCUAAUGUCUGAAAUAUUUUCUUACACCGAUCGUGAGGAAUCUUCCCCUUGGGAAUCUUAAGUAAAGACUCGUCUAUCUCCACGCCAAGCCUCCUACAUACUUGGUAAGUCAAAAUAUUGAGAUUAGGAAGUCUCUUCCCUCUGGGUUCCUCUGCCUCACAAAUCUUCCUAAUAUUCUCUACAACCUCACGUGUCCUUACUCCAAACAGAUAAAAAGCUGUUUUGUUCCUCUUCAUCCGACAAAAACUAUCAAACUUAAAAGUGACACUACUCCUGUCCGGACCAUUCAUACGUGCCCUAUUCCAACAUCCAUACUCAGAAACAUAAUGAGUCGGACCAGAUACCAACCCACACUUAUUACACGUCCUUUCUACAUCUAUAUUAAUAAAUUGGUGUUUAAGCCCUUCGGAGCACAGCCCUUGUGAUGGAUCCUGCUUUUCCUGACCAAUAGAAUCUAAGUACUUCCUAUACGCUAUCCCAAAAAGCUCUAUGUUCUUACUCCUCUUCCUUGGUUCCAGGGCGGAUACCACUUUUCCAUGUAUUCUAAAAGAGUCUUUUCAAAAGGAGAAUCCAUACCAAAUAAUAGCUCCUGAUUUAGAACCACUUCAUCAAAGUCCCAACCAAUGGAGUCUAAGUACGCUAUUUCCAAAAUAUUCAAACCCUUACACUUAUAUAACCCCUUUCCCUAAGCUCUCGAAAUAAAUUCAUAUUUCCCCGGUAUUUCUUAAGUGCCAUUUCAAAAGGAGAAUCCAUACCUUUACUUAUACAAAAACUUUUUCUUUAAACCGUUUACCUUCCCCCCGGCUUUUUUCAAUCUGCUCUCGUACGGACUCAACAACGACAGAGUACGACGCUGCCGCCGUUAUAUAGAUAAUGGCAAAAGUCACUAAUAUCUUUGGGAAGACUCCGAAAAAACUUCAGGAAGACUCCAGCAAGCGCGUGGGGUGGGGGGUUUGCGGAAGGAUUGCGGUGGUUGUGGCGGAAGUUGUGCGGGGCUGUGCGCGAGUGGGGGAAGAGACUUUCGAGGAUAGUGUGUUCCCAGUGGGGCGCAAGGAAUUGGGGGACCGGAAGUGGCGUCGUGCGUCAUGGUUUUUAUUCCGGGAAUUCCGUUUUCAAGGAAGCGGACUGGGGAUUUCCCAUUCUGGGCAUGCCCAAAACUUGCCCGGGUACAUUAUAAUUUGUCUUACAUGAAGUAUUGACAUUUUAUGUGAUAAACAAUGUAGUGAUGAUUUUAUGUGAUAAAAAAUGUAGUGAUGUCCAUGAAACGGCCUAUAUCUACUACUUUUAGGUUUUAGAGGUUAGGGGUUAGUUAGGGUCGGGUUGGGAUUAGGAUGCUCAGGAUAUACCUAGCAUGGGUACUACCCGCAUUCUAAAAUUUAGAAUACCGGUUACGUACCCAUUUAGAAAUAGCGAAACGGCUGGCUUAAAUAGCCACCUAAAAGUCAAUGAAAUACUUAACCGUAACGUUAGACGGUUAGUGGUCGGGGAUAGGAAAAUUUAUUAAACUGAAUCAACUUUUAUGACUACAGUAUAUUUUAUUUACUCAUUUUACAAGAAAAUUCAAAGAUAACUAUUUACAAAUUAUACUGUGUUGUUGUUUAAAUUGAGAGUCUUGAUGCCAAGUUUCUGGUUAGCCUCCACUGCUACAAUCAUAGCAAAACUAUCAUGCGGACAAUUAGCUGAAAUCUAAGGUAUGAAUGUCCAUAUGCAAAUGUUGGCAUGUUUGGAAUCCCGCACCCCCGUGCAAUGUUGAUUUUAUAUUGUAACUAUUUAGUAAAACACGAGCAGGAGUGCUUUAUUAGAUAUAAAACAGGAGAGCGCAGCUCGAGUGUUUCAUGUCUGAUAAAGCACGGACUACGACUUUGCGAGUGUUUUAAAUGGCUUAAAAAACGACCCAUCUAAUGAGUACAUUGGCGAAGUAAUUUUAAAAAUAAACGUUGUCUAAGCCGAGAAAAUCAAAGCUAAAGUUCAUGUAUCACAUAAAAACCACCGACACGGUGGUGAUCAUUUCCAUUGCCUUUUCCUCAUGAAAUAUUAAUGAGUUUUCAAUAUCAUUUCAACAAUGAAAGAGGGAGGGGCGGGGUGGGGUGGGGGCUGCUAAAUGCUGUUGUUGCAAGAAUGUGAUACGCAUGCAUAUUCAUUUGCGCACACGUUGCCGACAAUCAUGUUUGUUACGAUUGUAGUUUCAAGGCCAUUUUUAACGUACGUAAGUUCGAGCAUAAGGUGGAAGAGCCAAGAGUGAUAAGGUGGACCAGAUCAUAGUUCUUAGUAUAUGUGGCCCCCCAUGCAAUAAACUAUUUUGGCAUCGAUUUUCCCCUCCUCCCUAGUGAUCAUUUUUGUCUUAAACAUAAGCAAAAAGGGAAGAAUGUCGUGGUUCAGAAGGUUUUUUUAAUACUCUCACAAUCAGACCUUGCUUUUACUGUAACCAAACCUUCUUAUUAAUUGUUCUGCAGGGGGGUGGACCCCAGAUCCCCUAACUACGGUUCAGAUUUACACGUCAACCACAUUUCUAUUAGAUCCCGUAUGGCCCUUCUGGUGAUGAUUUCUUAAUAAGUCUCUGGCUAGUUUAGGAUAAACUAGGACAACGUUUUGUUGCAAAACGUCAGUUCUAACUAAAAAUGUUGAACUUCUUACUCUUAGCUUCCAAAAUGACUAGUUCUGUUUUCACUACUGUUUCCCCAAAAACUGUUUGAAAGUUUUUACAGCUUCUUUUCUCAACAUUUUGUUUUUCCAAAAGAAGAUUAAGGAAUCCAGAGUUGAAUUUAAUAGGACCAUUGUUGCACACCAACUAGCAAUAACUGUGGCGUCAAAUUUGUCAAACUGUAUCUGUGCCAGGAUUGGAGGAGAAAUGAAACUUAUAAAUGAACAUAUUACCACAAGCAAACAAGAUUUCGCUAAUUUGAAGUUACUUAGUAUUUCUUGUUUUGCUAUUUUAUGAGAAAUAUUCUGAUUGGAUGGAGUGUUGAAUUGGCUGAUGUCUCGAGAUUUUCUAUCGCUGUUUUCGAGGUCUGAUACAUUAUCAUCAUUACAGGCUUCAAGUUCAGGUCUGUUGUGUUGGUUUAUUGAACUAUUUUCCUGGUAUGUACACAUUGAACUAAUCCUUUGAAUAUCGAAAUUACGGCCUUCGUUUGUAGCAAACAGUUCUGGGUUUUCUUGUCUGUUGGAUUCAUGAUGAGAUAAUCUACUUUCAUUUUGAUUAGCCGUGUUAUCUUCAUUAUACGAUACAUUAUCAUGAUCUUCUCUGUUAUCCUGGUUGGUUCUUUGGUGAACAAGCCUGGUUUCCUGACAAUUUCGACUCACUAAAAUGUCAUUAUGUUUCUCUGUUCUGUCAUCAUGAUAUGAGUUCUCAUUUUGAUUAUCCGGGUCCAUGGAUUGAUUAUCUGACAGGGUGCUUUCCCCCCUGAUAAUCGACAAUCUCUGAAUAUUUUCUGGUCCGUUGAGGUGAAGAUGUAAUUUAUCUUCUUCAUCAUUACGGCUGCUCUCAUCAUGAUCUUCUUUGUUUUUUUCAUGGUUUGAAAAAUCACGUGGAUUAUCAGGUAUAUCUUUCAAGUUAUUUAAUCUGUAUCGCUGGCAACUGGAAUCACCGAUAACUGGAUCACCUGCUCUGCAAUUUCUUUGAUAAUUAUAAUUCCUAUUUUUUUGUUCUUCACACCCAUGGUCAUUUCGUUUUAAUUGCGCUCUUGCAACAGUAAAAAUCUUUUUAUACAGGUAUACUGUACUAACUAAAUGUAGCAUGCAUAUGACACUAAUGAAAUUUGUCAGCAAGGUUAACGACCCAAUAGGUAUGGUGGAAAUAGUGAUGCAAACACAUAUUACACAAAUGCAAGUAAUAUAUGUUGACAAUUUUUUCUUUGUGACUUUAUUGCGAUGGAAUACAGGGUGUACGAUGCUGGAAUAUCUUUCAAUAUUCAUGGCUGACAAAAUGGCUAUAGAAAUGCCAGCUGAUGUAAAGAAAACUCUCAAAAAAAUGUAAAAUUCUUCACAAUUUACAUCAACCAUGAUCUCUGUUGCUAACGCUGAGCAAAGCAACGGUGACGUUAUCAACCCAAUUCCAAGAUCAUUGAUGGAUUGAAGGAAUAUUAGAAAAUGAUAUGUCUUCUUCUUCAAAUGAUUUGACGAACGAAAUGUAAUGAUAGUAACAAGGUUUAAAAUUAUCGUUAAAAUUGCUAUGAUGACGCAUGUUGCAAAGACAACAAUAUGAUUUAUAAAAUACUUUCUUGAAGGAAAACUGUUAACUACUUCAAUCUCAUCACCAAACACGUGACAUGUUUUUAAAUAUCCAAUAGUUUCCGCCGAAGUAAAAUUGACCAUGGUCUACGCCAACGCUGUUGAAGUUGCCUUGUGUCAAUUUCUUUCUUCCCUCAAUUUAUGGCAGCGCAGCCAUUUAUGUACAUACUGAUGCAUAUUGGCAUUGGGAAAAUUUUCUUAUGAUACAGGACAUACAGCUGGUAUUUGCAUUGUAGUGGCCAUCAAUAACAAAAGUAGAAAAGAAAGUGUAAUAGUAUCAAUAGCUCGGUAAUCAGUAUUGUUUUUAAAAGCCUUAAAAUAAUCCAAUAUUGAGUACAAACGCCACAGCCCGCAACUUUAAUGAACAAUUUUCAUUUAAAUUAGAAAUAUUAAUAUUGGAUUGUCCUAAAUGUAAAGUUUCCUUUUAAAAAACUAAUUAAAACUAAUUUAGUCCUAAGACUAGAUUCACUUUACUUUAAGUAUAAAUGAUUAUACAAUUACUUUAUGGUUUCCGUGUUUGGCAGGCCUGAUCCAAACACGCGGUAAUGUUGCGCGAGUUAAGAAAAGCGCUCGAAACACGAGCCGAAGGCGAGGGAUUUUGCGCGCUUUUCUUAACUCGAGCAACAUUCCCAAGUGUUUGGAUCUGGCCAUCCAAACACGGAAACCAUAAAGUAAUUGCUUUAUAAAAUAACAACAUUCCGUGUUAAAAUUUCACUUUAUUAAAAAACUUUCACUUUAAAUAUUUCCGUGUUUGGAUGGCCUGAUCCAAAUACAGGUUUCGACCAAUCAGAGCACGCGUUAUAUACAUGUUAUUUUAUAAUUAUGAGUUUUUGAAUGGAAUAAUUAGGAAUUUCAAGCGUGAGCGUACGAGACGGGGCACAAGGGAGUUCAACACAAUUUUGGAAAUUUACCAGGGGACGUCAGGGGAAUUUUAGGUUUUGAGAUGACAUUAAUUCAUUGAUACUCAUGAAUCAGUAUAUUACUAAAGUGAAGUGAAUUUAUUUUAAUCCAGUCAUCAAGGUAUCCACUGGUAUCAACGUGUGAGGUUGUCAUUUACGUGGUUUAUUUCCUCAGGAAUUAUUAAUA